GUAAAAAAUGAAAAAGCAUUUUGAGUUUUUAUUUUUGAAUUAUGAGACAGAUAUGCUUCCAUAGAAUUGGUUGAGUCUGAACCCAUCAGCUUCCUGUUGAAGAGUAAUCCCUGACUUGUAUGAACUGGUGUCUCCAGGAGGCAUUCUCCUUUGACUUUUCAACACGGACAGUUGCUUUAAAGUGGGUUUUCUCUCAGAAUGAAGGUUUGGUGAGCGAGCCGAGAGCGCCGAGCACAGAGCCAGCUUUGUUUUUUUAGCCUCUGCAUGCAGACUGUGUGAGGGGAUUGUUUUGAAACCAUGGAGAGGGAUUUCCCUGCUCCACCCAGCUGCAGCCACUGCCUUCUUUUCAAGAUAGCAAAGAACUGGUUUCUCCUCCCCGAACAGGCAGCCGGGCGCACACUCACAACCCCUCUGCCUCACAUGUGCACGCCGUAACAACACCCCGCCCGCAGCAUUCUUGCGGCUCCUGCCUUGGCAGCAGGGCCUGUGCUGAGGAGGAGGGCAAGGCCGGCCGGAGCCAUGCAGCGGCAGUUGGAGCUGGCCGCCCUCGCCGUGGGCCUCGUCGGGUGGAUGUGCUCGGUUUUGACCCGCUGCCUGGCCCUGUGGAAGGUUAGCGGCACCGUGGACAACUCCACCGCCACCCUGCCUGCUUACUGGGACGGGGUGUGGCUGGAGUGGGAUCACUGGGAUUUGGCCCAGGAUGGCAGCCUCCACUGCUCCUUCUACCAGUCCCUCAUGUCUCUCUCCGGAAGCUUUCGGACGUGGAGAGCCCUCAUCAUGGCGGCCAUCGCAGUGGGGGGCUUCGCUGCAGCGAUAGGAGGAGUCGGAAUGAUUUGGUUCCCAAAGCGAGGCCAGGUUAAAGUUUUCUCUGGCUCCCUGUUUGUUGUGUCAGGAAUUCUGCUGCUGGUUCCCACAGCCUGGACGUGCCACCACACCAGUCAGCCACUGGAGGGAGCCCUGCUGCUGAGGAGAGACUGGGGCCCGGCCCUGUACCUGGGGUGGAUUUCAUUUGCUCUAAUGCUGGCUGGUGGGGUGUUUCUCACCACCAGGUGCCCCACGGCGAAGGGGCGGGCGGAGGAAAGCAGUGAGCCCCCGAAUCCGGAGGCGGAGGCUCAUCACCCCCUGAGCAGGAUCAACAGGACUAUAUUCACUCAAAGUCAGUACGAGCGCAGAUCACAGCCCGUCUGACAAGAGGAGACCAGCUGAGAACAGUCACACACUGGUUCUAAUUGAACUUUGACCCCCAUCAGUUGUUGCUUAGUAAUUACACCUCCCAAACGCCAGGUAGAGGCCGCAUUGCUUCUGGAAUAGCCUAAACAGGCUAUUAAACAGGAAGAUCUAUGGUAAUUUUUUGUGCUUGUUUACAAAAUUCUGUUUAAAAAUAGUUCUAUGGUUUAUUACUUUUUAUUCUGCUGUAAACGGGACUUUUCUUCUCUGCUUAUUUUAUGAGAAUCAAAUCUGUGGAUAAAAAAAACUAACUAAAAAAUUGACUCUUGUAAGAAACAGGAUGAGAAGUACUAAAGUUGGAAUAAAGGAUUUUGAAAAUUAAAAAUAUAUAGACGAAAGUUUAGAAUAAGAGAGUGAGUAUUUAUUAAAAAUAUAAAUAUUUGGAAAUAUCUUUACACUAUAUUUAGGCAAUUCUAUGUGAGAAACAAAAAGUUUACUUUGACACGAUUACAUUUAUUUCUAAAAAAAAAAAACAUUUCAAGGUAUUGCUUAGUCUUCUUUUAUUAAAGCCUGGCAAAAACUAAAUAAAUAAACCAAUCCUGUUUAGAUGUGACCAAACAACUCUGAUGUUACAUUAAAGUACAUUUCUUAUUUCAUAAAGAACUAAGAAAACUGCAGUAAAAAGCGAGUUUCUGUUUCCAGCCUGAUUGGUUAGAAAAAUAAAACUAAAUUGUGAUUACAACCCUACAGAAAAAUAAGACAACAGGAACAAAAUCAUGUUUGUAAAUAAGCAAUUUCUAGUUUGGUUGUAUUUUUCUCACAUCAAAAUUGUAAAGUUUUGUUAAAUAUAUCCUUUAAAAAUGUAAAUAACUAUCAGGAAUAUGAAUUUAUCACAGAGGUGUGGGCGUAACCUAAACCCUAAAAGGUGAACUGCUCUAUUGUUUGGGUUUUAAUUCUGGAUUUAAUCUCCAUUUUGUUUAUAGCAAGCACAAGUUUGAAAUGUGUGAGUUGUUCAUAUUUUAAAGAUUUGGCAACACAUUCGUGGAAGAAUGAGUUGCAUUUAUUUUGUGAUUUGGCGCUAAAUCGAUCAAAUGAGAUCCUGUAAGCAGGCGUUCACACUGAGAAAAAAAACAAACAGUUCUUCCUCAUUAUUUGUUCACCGCUGAUGCUGUGACUGUUGGAACUAAAAGUGCAGAGCAGGAAAAACCAGAAUGGAGAGUCAGCAGAGACACACUGUGAAGUCAUGCCUUUAUUAGUUUGUCGAACGUAAUCCAACCCGACAGAAGAACAUUUCCUUCUUGUUUGUUCAAACCUCCUUCCUAUUUUGAAGGCGCACUUUGUUGUUUCUGAGGCUAUUUGAGCAAAUCAAACGUGUUUUCUUUGGGUCUCCAGGAAACAAAAAUAGAUUAAGUGUUUAGAUAUUUUUGAAAAUGUGCAAAGCCGUGCUUAAGUCAACCAGAAGUGUUGGAGAUACUGGAAUUGGAGCUUCAGUGGAUCUGAAGCUUCAAAGGAACGGGAGAAGCUGCAAAAAGUGAAUAAAUAAGUGAGAAGGA